GUCCAAGUAGGCCUACCCGAGACACCCGAGAAACCCCCGUGCAGCGUGUAACAACCACGCAUAUUUUUCUUUGUGCUCGUGAGAAAAAUCGACGUCGCCAUGGGUUGCGGGAUCAGCUUUGUGAAGUACACGCUGUUUAUCUUCAAUUUCGUGUUUACGCUGGCCGGCCUCGCCAUGCUGGCGGUGGGGAUCCUCAUGAAGCUGCGACUUCAGACCGUGUCGCGCUUCCUGGACGACAAGUUCUCGGCGCCGCCCGUCCUGCUCAUCGUCGUCGGCGCCCUCGUGUUCGUCGUCGCCUUCUACGGCUGCUGCGGCGCCGUGCGCGAGAGCAGCUGCAUGGUCACCACCUUCUCCGUGCUGCUGAUGACGCUGCUGCUGGUGGGCAUCGCCGUCGCCACUGUGGCGCUCGUGUUCCGAGACAAGGUGGAGGACAUCCUCACCGCCGAGUUCCAGUCCGCGGUGCACAACUACACGCACAACAGCGCCGCGGUCGACGCCAUACAGGAGAACCUGCACUGCUGCGGCUCGGUCGGCCCGGCGGACUACGCGACCCUGCCGGCCGUGCCCAGGUCCUGCUGCGUCACCCAGGGGGCUGCCAACUGCUCGGACCUCCACGACGAGAAGCAGGUGUUCCAGGCAGGAUGCGUGCAGCAAAUGAAAUCGUUCAUCAAAGAUUUCGGGACGAUAAUCGGCGCUCUUGCGGCCGCCGUCAGCGGCAUCAUGGUGGUCGGUAUCAUAUCCGGCUUUUGCUUGGCGAGUUCAUUCAGGAGGAAGGCCAGAGGAUUUGCACUUGCAAAUAUGUUCUCAAGGAAUGCUGGCGAGCAGCUGCUGGAGUUGGAGUGUUCGGGCCUGAAUGUUGGACCUCCCUGCAUCGUGACUAUUAUGGAGAAGGAGGAGGAAGUGGCGCUGGCCGGCCUCGCCCUGCUCAUCGUGGGAGCGCUGAUGCAGGCCAAGGUGGGCGCCGUGUCGCACUACCUGGAGGGCAAGUUCUCGGCGCCGCCCAUCUUCAUGAUCGUCAUCGGCUCCAUCGUGUUCGUCGUCGCCUUCUACGGCUGCUGCGGCGCCAUCCGCGAGAGCAGCUGCAUGGUCACCACCUUUUCCAUAUUCUUGAUGGUUAUCUUGGUGGCAGAAAUCACUGUAGCGGUGCUGGCAUUCGUGUACAGAAAUGAGUACCAGAGUGUAUUCACGACGGAAUUCGCAAGAAAUGUCGCCGAUUAUGGCACUGGUAACAAGACUAAUGAUGGCACAGUGGAUGCUAUUCAGGCAACACUGGAAUGCUGUGGUGCUCAAGGCCCUCAGGACUACAAUGGACGAACACUGCCCAGGUCUUGCUGCGUGGCGCCUGAGCACAUCUGUACGGAUGCCACAAAUGGGGCGCAUGUCUUCCUGACUGGCUGCGAGGAAGCACUGAAGAACUUCAUCAACAAUCUUGGUUUGCUUAUUGGUUGCCUUGCCAUCGGUGUUGCCUUCAUCAUGGUAAUGGGCAUCAUAUUUGGACUGUGUUUGGCAAGCUCCAUCAGGAAUGAGAUACGAAGAGGCUACGCUUAGUUACUGACAGAAAAAGAAUUCUCAUACCGAAUCUGUGGAGUCUACAUUCAAACCUGGAUGAAAUCGCAUAAAAACCCACAUGUGCAAAUGUGGGACAGAAGUGCGUAGUCUGAAGAACUUUCAAGAAGUGAAUCUAAUAUACUGAAUCUCUUGAAAAGAUCAAUACCGUAAACUCCAAGCUACCAUUUUAUGUGUAGAUGUAUUCACCGUAAAAACUUACAGCUUGUUGUAUUCAUGAAUCUAUAUCCAUCUGUUGAAAGUUACGUUUUAAAUAAUAAGUAGGUAGACUACAGCUUAUAUGACAGCUAUCGUUAAACAUUUAAUGUGUUUUUAAUAUUUUAUAAAAAAAUAUUUUACAUUGAAUUAUUAAUUUUUAGAUUUGAAAUUUAUUUUGUGAAAUUUUGUGUAAAUUUUUUAUUUGAAACUUUACGUUCAGAAUACAUUGCUGCAAACUGAAGAAAAAAUAAGUAAAUUACAUUAACAUUUUUAACAUUAUCCAAUGGUUCCUGCUAAAGAAAAUACUUGUGCUUAAUUUUUAAAAAAUCAUUUUAAUAUUGGCAGAAACCAAAUCUCAUUGUAUAGAUCAUGUUUGGACAGAAGGUGAGUGUUGUGCAUUUAAACGCCCUCCAUUUAUGUAAAGAAAUAUUUCAUGUUCAGGUAAUACACUUCUCAUUUAUUUGCAACAUUUGUGUGUUAUUAAGUUUGGUGAAUUUUUCUCUGUAUUGAGAAACUAGAGACUCCUAGUUAUGCUAUUCUCUGACUGAUACCGCCGAGACAAUUAUCUUAUUGAGGAUGUAGAGAUGCUUUGCUUCUGUAUGAGAAAAUUUAAGAGCACUUGCGGGCUGUCAGAGCCUGAAGGAAAUUCAACUGACAUGAGUCAAGUGUGGAGAUAAACUUCUCUUAUGCUAGCUGAAUGUCCAUCUCUUGGGAAACUUAAAAUGGACCCUAAAAUAAAUUUAAGCAAUAAUAUAAAUGCAUUUAUUUAUUUUAAACCUUAAAUUUUUUUGACUAUCUUAAAGAAUGAGCUCUUGAUGGUGGCAAAUGUAAUGAUAAUCAUUAAAGUUUUAUUGUUUUGUUUUGAAUCUGUCAAUUGUAGUUCAUGAUUGUAGCACAUAUUACCCAGUUUAAAAUUGUGUUUAAAGACCCCAAAAGGCAAUCUUUCAAUUCAUUCUCAUCUUUUGAAAAAUAAUAUCACACAAUUUUCCCUUACUCUGUUACAUCUUCUGGGGUGUUUUUUUUAAGUUUCCGCCAGAUAUCUUGCACACUAGAAAUUAAGUUUUAAUCCAAAAAAAAGUUAUUAUUUUUUACUGGACCAAGAAAUAUAGUUUACAUUAUAGACAUACAAUUAUAAAAUGUUAAUAGAUUUUAUAUAGAAGCCAAUCUUCUUCUGUGGCUUUCUUUGUUUCAUUUGGUGUAAGUUUGAUAAAAUAUGAUUAUUAGGUACCUGCCUGUAGCUGUUGACAACAAUUAGCAGAAAUCUCUACACUUUUUUCAGUGACAAAAAUGUUUAAAUUAGAGAGUACAGUAGUUUUAGUAUGUAGAAUGUUAUAAAUGUUGAAAUGAUAUUUUUUAUUAAAUAAACAGUAACCACAAUAAA